GCAAAAAAGAACACCUAGAACAGAGGGCCACUGACAUGGUCCUACUUCUCAGGUCAGCAAGAUUUGCUUGUCAAGCGCAGAGAGCCUCGAUACCAAUAAGACAACCGAGACUAAUCCCCCGAAUGUUCAAAUCCCCAUUCUCUGUUCACUCUACUGACGCAUCAUCUCCCACCUCGACCAAAAUGGCCAACGACCACAUAUUGACCUUGUCGUGCCCGGACAAGCCCGGAAUCAUCCACGCCGUUACGGGCAUCUUCGCCCAAAACAAACUGAACAUUCUGGACCUGCAACAAUUCAGUGACCGCGACUCGGAGAAAUUCUUUAUGCGAGUCCACUUCGGCCCAGCCGAGGACACCGCGUUCCUGAAACCCACCUUCAAGGAGCUGGCCGACGACUUGAAAAUGGACUACGAUCUACGACCGGUGGCGCAAAAGCCCAAAGUCAUGAUCAUGGUGUCCAAGAUCGGCCACUGCCUGAACGACCUGCUCUUCCGCCAAAAGACAGGCCAACUCAGCAUCGACGUGCCGCUGAUUGUCUCGAACCACGCAGACUUUGAGCCCCUGGCGAAAAGCUACAACAUCGACUUCCACCAUCUGCCCCUGACAAAGGACACAAACUCCAAGGCCGAGCAGGAGAAGCGGAUCCUCGAUUUGGUCCAGGAGAACAACAUCGACUUGAUCGUCUUGGCUCGGUACAUGCAGAUCCUGUCACCGAAGUUGUGCGAGGUCAUGUCCGGCAAGAUCAUCAAUAUCCACCACAGUUUCUUGCCGUCUUUCAAGGGCGCAAAGCCCUACCACCAAGCUUAUGAUCGUGGCGUCAAGAUCAUCGGCGCCACCGCGCAUUUCGUCACGGCCGACCUUGACGAAGGCCCUAUUAUCGAACAACGAGUGGCCCGAGUGGACCACAGCAUGACGCCCAAAGAGCUUGUCGACGAAGGUAGCAAUGUUGAAAGCCAGGUCCUAGCAGCAGCGGUCAAGUGGGUUUCUGAGCAGAGAGUCUUCUUGAACGGACACAAGACUGUCGUGUUCAACUGAUUUUGCAGGUGUUCCUGUGCAUUUUUGGGUGGCCAACACUCGAUCAAGCUGUUUGGACAUGGCGGAAGACAAAAGUUGAGGCAUAUAACAUGGGUCCGUUGUUCAUAUACUCGGGCCUUGCGCACAUCGCGCAAGUAUAUAUACACAAAGAUGUCGAUACGACUCUCG